CAAGAGCUUGCCAGAGGGCUCUGUUCGUUGCGUGGUACUUCAUGGGAGCCUCAGCCGGUCCCAACAUUCCUUGCGGUUUGGUCCGUAAAUCCAUUUUGGCUCAAGCCUUUCUGGCGCAAGGCCCGUCUCCGCUGGACCCAUUCGCUUGCACGGCCGACCGUUCGCCUGUGGGCCGCACGCGGCUCUGCCCCCUGUGCGCGCAUGUCUGAGGCCGCGACGAAGACGAGCACGGCGGCGAGGGUGACUGUCUUGACCAGCCUCCCGAUCUCCCUCGCGUGGCGCUCCGCUGGCUUCCGCUGGGCGCAAGACGACAUGCCAGCCGAGUUCUCCCGCAUCGCGCCGUUGCUGCUCGGCUCGCUGCUGCUCUGCGUUGUGCUGCUCGUCCUUCUCCUCGCGGUGCACGGCCGCGCGGAGGCCCGCAAGUUAUGUAACAAGAGGUAUGCCAGCGCCACCCUUCCCGGAGUCUUUUCCGCGUUGACCUUCGUACUAGAAAUUGGCUGGUGGGACUUCGCGCUCGCGAACGGCCUCAGCGCGACCUUGGUGGUUCUGCUCAACAAGUGCGCGAUUCUGCCGGGCGUCCUCGGGGAGAUCUGGUUGACGCGGACCACGCCGUACCGCACGCAGCUCCUCACCAUGACAGCUUUGCUCUUGUGCAUCAUCGUCUACUCUCUCGGUGACGAGGGCGAAAUUAACAUGUCGCUCGUCGGAUUGCUCCUGGGCCUUGGCGCAGCCCUCUCAGAUGGAGUCGGCGACAUCGCCUUUGAAGCCACGGCGAAGUCCUGCCUCGACGACCUGGAGGAGGAUUCGGGUACCGAGACGCUCAGGUGCUUCCUCGUGAACGAGUUGUACAAGUCCGUGUUCAACAUCAUACUGAUGCUCGUGUUCGAGCACAAGUACUUGUCGCGAGGUCUUUUCCAUGGCUGGGGCCUCCCCAUGCUCGUCGGCGGUGUGAUGCCGCUCCCCGUGAUGGUCGCGCUUUACAACACGGCCAUCUUAACGGCUGGCAACUUGAAGACCAGGAUCGCUGCGUCCGCCGACAUCGGCAUUGCCUAUGUGAUGGAUGCGAUUCUAUUUGAUGACACCGUAAGGAUCUCCCAGUGCCUAUUGAUCCUUGCCAUCAUCGCCCUGAUCGGCGUCUACACCCAGUUCGCCGUUGACGUGCAGAAGGCCGCCGCAGACGCCCUCAUCAGGUCGGAGAAGCCAGGCGCAGAUGUUGCGUGUAGGGUGUGAGAAGUUUUCGCGGCCCCUCAUCGGGGGAGCUCUGCGUCUCGGCCAAGGCUGGCGACCGCAGUAGUAGCAGUAGUGGUGCUGCCUACGGGCAUCGCAACUCUUGGUGGUUACUUCGGAGGUGCAAGGGGUCAUGAUAAUGAUGCUUUCCAAGAUUUCGAGAAUGUCUAAUUUUUCUUGAUGUUCGUCGGGGACUUCAGAAUCGAGGGCCGCUAGGUUCGCUGGAGAUCCUGGAACGCAUCCUGAACCAAUCCUAUCAUGACAGCAUCUUCCUCUUAGUUUUGGACUACCACCGCGGCUAGGGUUACCGGACCACCACCGCGGCUAGUCUUGACGUCAUUGUUAUUACGAUUGCAGUCAGCACUACGACUACACGAGUGCAAGUAUCGGGCCGCAGCGAUACCAACCGUGGCCACUUCUUUAUCUUUUUUUGGAUGACGCUUCGAAGGCGGUGCUGUCGCUCGUCUUGAAGCUGCGGCCAAACCUGCUAAUCUUGUCGUGGAAACGCUUGAUGACGAGCUUGGCUCCUAUUGCACACGUAUUUUCCGACGAUGUCCGUAGGGUGACUUGUCUCUUACGUGGAAGGUUCCCGAUCCGCGUGCGCGUUGUUUCUAUUGGCCUCCCGUUCUGGCGGCCAACUUGCAAAUGCCAGGGAUGGUGUGCAGCCAUCGCCUGCGGUUCCUGUUGCUUCGGUCUAGUUUCAGAGAGCGUCUGCUGAGCUGGCUUGAGCUCGCCUGCGCUGUCUGGGAUCUGUGCCCAGCCUUUUUGGUUGCCAACUUCGCAAAUUAUAACGUUUUAGAUAUUCGGCAAACAUGACGUGGAUGCAACACGCUGGGCGUGACCUUCUUGGCUGCAACAGACAUGUGUGCAUGUAGCGGUCGCUCUCGUGAGCCGAGGCGUUAGCGGCAGCAGGGUGCCGUUCUUUUGCCAUCUUUCCGCCGCUACAGACGCAAGUGGGUGUUGCAAUGUAUGGUUUGCUAGACUCAGGCUGAGGUCAUCUAGGCCGUUCGACAACUGUUCAGACGCUGUGCGCAAGACCUCAUUAUCUGUAACCCCGCUGAGCCAGUCGCGCGCACGUCUCUUCCAACUCCGUGUGUCCAUUGGACGACGCGUGUGUCAUGUAUUUGCCGUGCAUGUGUUGAGCGCGGGUGCGGAG